CUUUAUUAUUCCGUGCUUGCUGAGAUAGAUGGUCGUCGGUCAAUGUUGGAAGAUGGUUUAUGCAGACAGACAGAGGUCAGGUCGCGCAGCCACAACACAGCAGAGUGGCAGGCAGCACAUUGAGAGAGAAGGCGUCACAGAUAAGGCACCUGGCUCGAGAAACCGAGACCAGGUCAGGUCAGAUCAGAAGGUCCUGCAGUCAGUCAGUCGGUCACUUGGAGGAGAGCAUCAUCAUCUGGAUGUAGUCGGUGUAGUUGAACAUGCCAUCCGCACUGUCCAGCUGACUCACCAACGUACGACCCUGCACACAUACACAACCAUCCCGCACACACACACAAGGAGAAACAGAAAGAGAAAGACCUGCAGAGACCGACUCAUGCGCACGCGCCAUAUCUCAUCUCGACCUCGUCUUCGCUGAGUUUUUCGUGGCCAUAGGUGAUGAGAGCCUUCUCGAGGUCAGCCACACGAAUCUGACCCUCAGGCGCAUCACCAGAAAACACCUGCACGCAGGCAGACACACACACAUACACACACACAAUCGGUGUCUCCUUCGGCUGGCCGGCUGGCUGCAGGUGCGAGGCUCACUUACUUUGAAAGCUCUCCUGACUUCGUCUGGUGUGUAGUCGGCGUUGACUUUGCGCGACAUGACCUUGACGAACUCUGAAGAGGGAGCAAACAACAAGCAACAAGCAACAAGACAGCGCAGCAGUCUGCUGUCUCGAUGGUGCGGGUUGAGAUGACAUGAAAAGGGCUGACCGUCAAAGUCGAUUUCGCCGUCUCCGUUGUCGUCUAUCUCGCUCACCAUCAGCUGCAGCUCCUCCUGCGUAGUCGGGAUGCCUAGACACCACACAACACAACAGGACACACACGCCACAAGACCAAGAAUCACAAGCCAGUGACCCGUUGUGCCGUUUCCCCGUCCCCCCGUCCCCUCUCUCGGCUUUUCUUUGCCCUCAGCUAAUGGCAGACAGCCCCCCAUUGCUCACCGAGUGUCUCCAUGAGCUUCCCCAGCUCAUCUGUCGAUAUGCUCCCGCCGCCGUCGGUGUCCACGAGGUUGAAGAUCUCACGAAACUCACGAAUGUCGUCGUCUGUCAGGUUCGACGCCAUCCUGCCGAUCUCAAAGGCGGAACACACCGAAAUCUGCCACGCGCCGGCCAGAAACUGCGAGCUAAGAUUGCGGCCAGGCUGCAUGGUUGCCCAGCUUGGUGCAGACAUUGUUCAAGGCAAAAUGUUCAUGACCGAAAAUGAUCAUACACGAGACAGAUGUCUCGCCGCCCAUGAUCCUUUAUUUGUUUGUACACACAACGAACGGCUCAUAUGUAUGUGCAUCAGAUGUGCAUGCGUGUGUUUGUCUGUCUGGGAGGGGAGGGAAUGUACACCGUGGCAUCCACGCCUAGCUCGAUAAAACAGUGCCGACUGUAGAAAACAGUGCUUGACUGACUACACACACAAUUGUACAUUCACGAAUUAUCGUGUCGUCCCAUGACAAACGUGCCUUCAUGCGUAUGCCUGGAGGGACGGACUGACUCAUCUCUCGGCCCGCAAACUGAAGAGCUGCGGUCUGCUGCCACGCAGCUGAUGAGCUGCUGACUCCCGUCACCAUGACAA